AUGCUCCGACCAACUAGCACCUUGCGAGCUGCUCGUCUGACUCGAGCUCUAAGCGCUUCGUGUGGCUCGAGUCAAGAGUAUGACUAUCUCGUGAUUGGUGGCGGUAGUGGCGGCAUUGCAAGCUCGCGUCGUGCCGCUAGUUACCCUAACACACGCGUGGCAGUCGUAGAGCACGCGCGAUUGGGCGGAACCUGCGUGAACGUGGGCUGCGUGCCCAAGAAGCUCAUGUACCUGGCAGCAGACAUGAGUCACAAGCUGCAGCACGAUGUGGCGCAUUAUGGAUUCGAAAACGAGGGGCCAGGUGGCGUGUCAGGGGCGCAGAUGCAUUUUGAUUGGACGAAACUCAAGACUCGACGUGAUGCUUAUGUUCGACGUCUGAAUGGGAUAUACGAAAGGAACCUGGCGAGCUCCAAGGUGGAGUUUAUUCAAGGGUCGGCGAGGUUCAAUAAGCAGGGAAAUGUGGAAGUGGACGGCAAGGAAGUGCUGGCCAAGAAUGUGAUGAUUGCAGUUGGAGGCAGACCAAUGAUUCCUGAUAUUCCUGGCAAGGAGCUUUGUAUCGACUCGGACGGAUUCUUCGAGCUGGACACUCUGCCGAAAAAGGUCGCUGUUAUCGGCGCGGGAUACAUUGCUGUCGAGCUGGCUGGCGUUCUGAAUGCACUGGGCUCGGAGACGUCCAUUUUCUGCCGCAAAGAGGGGGUGCUUCGCACGUUUGAUGAUAUCGUGCGUACGACGCUGGAAGAUGCCAUGGCGAUAGACGGUCCGCAUCUUCGACCUAACAGCAAUGUUGCUCGGGUCGAGCAGGCAGCUGAUGGCACCAAUACAUUGGUCCUGACCGACGGCUCGGCGCACUGCGGCUUUGACGUUGUGAUCUACGCUGCUGGUCGCGUACCUUUGACAGACAAGCUUAAUCUCGAUAACGCGGGCGUGGCAACCGACAAGCACGGCUACGUUGUAGUAAAUGAGUUCCAGGAGACGUCAAAUAGCAAGGUGUUUGCUGUGGGCGAUGUGUGUGGUACUCCUGCACUCACUCCAGUCGCUGUUGCGGCUGGAAGGAAGCUCUCGGACCGUCUAUUUGGAAACAUGAAGGAUGCCAAGGUCUCGUACGAAAACAUUCCGACGGUCGUCUUCAGCCACCCUCCCAUUGGCACCAUCGGCCUCACAGAAAAGCAGGCUCGAGGCAAAUAUGGCGACGACGACAUUAAGGUGUACACGAGUCAUUUCGUAAACAUGUACUAUGGACUGAUCAACGAGGUGGAUGAAGCAACUGGUGAGCUGAAGGAGAAGCCCAAGACGGCAGUUAAGCUCGUGUGUGCCGGCAAGAACGAGAAGGUCGUAGGUCUGCAUAUGAUCGGCAUGGCAGCCGAUGAGAUCCUGCAAGGCUUUGGUGUGGCAGUGAAGAUGGGUGCUACAAAGGCUGACUUUGACAAUUGCAUUGCCAUUCACCCGACUGCCAGCGAAGAGCUCGUGACGCUUGCGCCGUGGGGACUCAGUGGAUAUGAGUAA